UUAAAGUUAGACCAAAAAAAGCCAGUUAAUCCACAUCGGUUAUUUGUCGGUCUUUAGAAGUCUUUAUAUGAAUUAGGGCAAACAGACACCGUUGUCCCUUCGGGGACAUCCGAUAAAAUUGGAACGAUACAGAGAAGAUUAGCAUGGCCCCUGCGCAAGGAUGACACGCACAAAUCGAGAAAUGGUCCAAAUUUUUUUGUUCCUGAAAAUUUGAUUUUUUUUUUUAAAUUUUAAUUUACCUGUGUAAAGUUGUUGAUUUUCACAGUUGAUGAAACUCUAAGACUUGUGCGGAUUAUUGGGUUUCAAUUCAAGAAAGAAUGCCCAUAAGUAAUUUGGUUGCAGAUACUGUAUGGAAAAGUGUCGAGUUAACUCGUUCAGUGACUGAUGAUCAGCUGUCAAUCUUGCAUUUCUUGUUUGGUAAAAACUUUGAGAGAGCCACUAGGAUAGUCGACCAAAGAGGUGUUAAGAGGAUAUCUGGUGAACCCAGUGGACGUUGUAUCUUUCAGGUGGUGGGAGAAUCAAGGAGGAAGGAGGAUUACUUCUGUUUCCCUGAACAUUAUUGUGCCUGUUACUCAUUUUUUUAUGACACUGUCAACAGAGGAGAACAACUCUGUUGUAAGCAUCAAUUAGCUGCAAGGCUUGCAUCUGUGUUGGGGACAUGUGUCGAUGUUGCAGUGUCUGAUGAGGAGCUAGCACUAUUACUUGUGAAACUCUAACAUGUGCAGAGAUGGAAGAUGAACUUUGACAUUGAAGAUGAAGACUAGUGUAAGUUACAUUUGUCAUAGCUGAAAUCCUAUUUCAUUCUUGUUGUUUACUAGUGAAAUGCUACACUUUUGCAAUAUUCAGUUCUUCUGGUUCUAUAUAUAGCCUAAAAUUCAAAGGA